AUGGAACUUCACAAGCCAUCCUUUUCAUCAAGAUCCUCCGCCACCUUUCCAUUGUCGCAUUCCACGCCCCAAGAAUCCCCCGACACUCCGGGUCGGUUCCAAGGCUCCGACGACCGCCAGAUCUCCCCGCGCUCGCAACGAACGGCACAACCCUCGGCAUCCUUCAACCCAACCCAUGAUGGUCGUCGGCACAAGCAUAGCAAAUCGCGCGACUUGCGGUUCCCGCGACCCAUGAGCCAUCUGGCCUCGGCCAGCGCGCGGGGGUUAUUGCCCACAUGGUCGUCUAAGGAGAAAGAUCAAGUCUUACUGAGCCCGGAAGGACGCUGGGGCUCCGAGUCGACGGCAAGUCGCAAGGGGAGCUUGCUCGAGGAACGAUUAGAACCCGUGAGGGGGAUCCAGUCUUUGGGUGAUUUAGAGAAGGCCAAAAAAAGGAGGAAGGUUGGGGAGGAAUCCGCUUUGACGAGCAUCGGGACAUUGGCAACAGAUGCCACGCGUCGACUGGAUUACACUUACUACAACCUGCUGGAGAAGAUCACGGCGCUCAACUCGACAAUCGGCUCAUUCCAGGAACUGUCCGAUUCGGCCUCCACGCUGCUGAAUGAUUUCGACCGUGAGACGGCCACCGUAGAUCGAGAUAUCCGCAAACAAAUCAAUGAUCUACAAGGGUUUACGCCGCAGAUCGAAAAGGCCGAGGCGUUGGAGUCACGCAUGAAAGCCGGCCGGCAACGUGUGGAAGAGCUAGGCAAGCGUCUCGAGACUGUGCGACAGGAGAUUGACAGCUGGGAGCAACGAGAAACGGAGUGGCAAAUGAAGACUACGCGGCGAUUACGGAUCUGGGGGAUUGUGCUGGGGGCCAUGGUGGUGCUGGUGCUCGCUUUGACCUUCCAGCAGAAUCAGAUGAAUCGGAACUCGUUCCGUGCUCCCCAGCCGGAGCGUUUCGUGGGGGGGCAGGGCUCUGUGAAAUCCAAGACGGACGCAGGGCCAACGGUUCCAUCCUUUCUGGCCGAUCGUCGUCAGAGUUUGGCACAGACUGGCCCCAGUCCAACUCCUACGGUGUAUGACCCUCUCCGUGUACUGGAUGAGCUGUGA